GUAGGCAACGAGUGACCAUAGAAGUAGUCUGCCUCCUGAUUGAUGACGAAUUUGUGCGUGUGAUUAGACCAAGCCUUUAUCGUAUUGUCCUUGUAAAUACGGAACUAAAGGUUCAUGUUGGGAAGAUGGACGAAGACAGCGGUAUAGGUGCGAUAUAUCAGAAGGCCACCCCCGACAAGAAUAGGGGCUCAACACCUGGUAUUGGGUCCAUAACUGGAAGAAUUCCAUCCAUUAGAACUAUUGGUACUGCCGAUUUCUUCACACCUAGUGGGCCUGUCGUAGAAUUGGCGACUUUCGGUACUGGUCUGAUGAACCGUACGACAUUCCAAACUGGCAAAGAAACUCUAGCUGUCCCUUGGAUCGAACGCGAGCUCAUCCUGGGCCGACAGUUCCUCGUUGAACGGUGGGCCUUAUCAGGCCUACGUGGGAUGCGUCUAAUCUCGCGCCCGUUCGCAAUUCGACUUCCAGUUGAACUGUGGGGUAUCAUUCUUUGGUAUGUUAUGGAACCGGUCAUCAGUCCGCAUACAUACUGCGACUCUUAUUCCUAUCCGGAACUUCACCUCCGAUUGUAUAAAAUGCCACAACCGGAUUUCCAGGACUGGUUCCGUUGUCGACUAGUAUGUCGUACGUGGCUGGAGAUCCUAGGGCCCUAUCCCCACCUCACAUUCUCCAACAAAAAGGGUGUCAUCCCUUAUGUGAAUAGAAAGGGAAUUACAAGCAUGUCUUUUAACCGCUACAGCUUAUUGUUUGAAAUCCCUCCAGAUCAAUGUCAGGAAUUGAUGAGCCGACUCACCGUGCUUCGCAUUCAACAGUUUUCAGGAUGGUUCCCACCACCGAACUCUACAUACCUUCAUAUGCCUAUUGACUUUAGUAAUGUCCGCUGCCUGUUCAUCUCCGGUGCAGACACCUGGCCAUACUUUUGGCCUGGUUUGACCGAGGCCUGCCCUAACCUUGUCUCACUGACCAUUCAAGGUAAAGUCUAUACCUCAGGCAUGAUCAAUCUACCACACCUAGAGUCCCUCGCGAUUCACCCCGAAAAAUUAGCGGUCGAAGUAGAAGUCGUCUGGGCCCUUCCAAACCUGAGGCACCUCUCCCUUUAUGGACCAUUCUAUCCCGAACGAUUAUUGGAACACCAUGGUCCACUUCUUCAUACCCUAAUGAUCCACUCUUCUCAUCCAGGUUAUCAAUUGAACCCUACCUUUUGGGAUCACUUUAUCUCGCUGAGAACAAUAGGCGUUUGGGCUCGACCGGGGCAGACUCUGGUGCCCCCACCUCCCCAACACCCACUACGGCACCUCACGAUCUUUCUCGAGAAGGAGGAGCCUUUACGACUCGAACUCGUCAAGGAAAGUCUGGUCAGCUUCCCAAUCAUCCGUGACUUGUCUGUUCAAAUACCAGAUAUUCGCAAACAAGAGAAGACUAAACUACAAGCACUAGGGAAAGAAUUCCGUGUAUCGAUUCAUUUCCUGCCCCAAUUUGAGCCACUCACACCUGAACAAUCGAUACUUUCAAAGAUAUUGAUGCCACUCAAACGGAUGUUAUGGAUACCAGUCAAACGCUUUAUAUUAGCAUCAUUCGGCCGAAUCAAGAACAAUCGAGCUUUCAAAAUGGUCAAGAAAUUGGCUGGAAAGGUUGCCUUUUUCAUUUUUGCCGCCACUCUCGGACCUCCUGCCGUAUUAGUAGAAUGGAUCAGAGGAGAAGACGAGGAAUUGGAUAUUCCGGUAGUGGGGUCUGCUAUGGCCUUCUGGGAUAUAAGCGCAUCUCAAAGUAUUGACAAUGAAAAACCACCCCCAGAAAGGAGUAGAGACAUCAGUGGCCUUCAGCGAAAGUUAGCUAACCGGGUCGAAUGGGGGAUGAGUCCGCAUACGUACUGCGACUCCGAUACCUAUCCCGAACUACACUUCCAAUUUCAUAAAAUUCUGCCGCCAGACUAUCACCACUGGUUCCGUUAUCGACUAGUAUGUCGUACAUGGAACGAGAUCCUAGGACCCUAUCCUCACCGCACACUCUCUAACAAAAUUGAUAUCACCUCUCACACGAAUACGAGAGGAAUUACGAGUAUGCAUCUCAAGCAUUACAGCAUCUUGUUCGAAAUUCCUCUAGAACAAUACAAGGAACUCGUGAGCCAACUCACCGUGCUUCGUAUUCGACGAUUUUCUGGCUGGACUCCACCGCCUAACUCUAGGCACCCGGCUGGGUCCGUCAAGUUCAGGAAUGUCCGCUUCCUGAGUAUCUCUGGGUCGGAUACCUGGCCAGACUUUUGGCCGGGUUUAGCUGAAGCUUGUCCCAACCUUGUCUCACUAACCGUUCAAGGUGAUGUCCAUUGCUCAGAAACAAUCAAUCUACCACAUCUGGAGACUCUUUCAAUUUAUCCCGUGGAUAUGCGACGAACAGCAGAAGCUCAUUGGGACCUCCCGAACUUGAAGCAUCUCUCUCUUUACGGCGCAUACUAUCCCAAGCAGCUACUAGAGACUCACGGUCCACUCCUCCAUUCACUUAUGGUUCACUCCUCUCACACAGACCUCUCACUGACCCCUAAAUUUUGGGAUCGAUUCGUCUCGCUAAGAACCGUAGGUGUGUGGGCUCGAUCUGGUCAAACUCUACUACCUCCAUCUCCUGAACAUCCGUUGCGGCAUCUUGCGCUAUUUAUAGAAAAGAAAUGGCCUUUGCGAAUCGAUGUCAUCAAACAAAGUCUGAUCAGCUUUCCUCUCAUCCGCGACUUGUCUAUUCAAAUACAGGAUAUUCGCAAUCAUGAGAAGGAAAGACUACAAGCGUUAGCAAAACAAUUUCACGUAUCGAUUCAUUUACUGCCACAAGCCGAACCAUCCCCACCCCCACAAACGACACUGUCUAUGAUAUUCACACCAAUCAAGCACGCCUUCCAAGGGGGCAUAGACCUUUCGAGUAGGCGCAUUGGGCUCCCAG